CAUUUUGAAAUGGACGCAGGAAGCUUCCUGCGGGUGUUGCGGCUCGUAAGGGGAGUGUUUCUGCUUUGUUUUUGUUGUAAAGCCUACGUGUAUGUGAAUGUAUUCAUAUAGCAACCCCAGUCUAUGGUAGCAACUAUGUGUCUGUUCUUGACCGAUAUAAAGUUGGUUCGACGUUUGACGUUGGAUGUUAGACAGAUAUUCAGCCGCGAAAAACUUCAAUACAUUCUUAGUGAAUGAGUACAAUUGCAUACAAAAUGUCUGAUCUGAAAAGCAUUAGAAGGUAGAACUGAACACACAUCGCAGUUUAUUUUUUUUAAUCCUCAUUGAUAUGUUGCAACGCAUAAAUGCUAGUGAUGGGUCGUUCUUGAACGAUUCGUUCAUUUUGAACGAAUCUUUAAUGUGACUCGGGACGAACGAGUCGUCUCGGGGAGUGAUUCGUUCAGUCGCGCAUGCGCAACAUCCUAUGAGGUUCUGUACAGGAAUUAGUUCAACUGUUUUAGAGUCGUUCGUUCACCUUAUGGGGCUGUCACGUGAUGAACGAACGACUCAAACCCGAAGACUCGAGAGAUGAACUAAUCAAUUCUCUUUCCGGCUCAGGCUGCAUAGGUUAACAUUACGGGGCUGUCACGUGAUGAACGAACGACUCAAACCCGAGGACUCGAGAGAUGAACUAAUCAAUUCUCUUUCCGGCUCAGGCUGCAUAGGUUAACAUUACGGGGCUGUCACGUGAUGAACGAACGACUCAAACCCGAGGACUCGAGAGAUGAACUAAUCAAUUCUCUUUCCGGCUCAGGCUGCAUAGGUUAACAUUACGGGGCUGUCACGUGAUGAACGAACGACUCAAACCCGAGGACUCGAGAGAUGAACUAAUCAAUUCUCUUUCCGGCUCAGACUGCGUUGGUUAGCUAAUUGGGCUGUCAGGUGAUGAACGAACGACUCAAACCCGAAAACUUGUCAGAUAAGAGGUGAGGUGAGCAAAUCAUAGACUAAAGACCCAGAUGACUGAUGAGAAUGGGUUCGGGGAUCUGAUGUGGAUGACGGCAGAGGAAUUUGAGUUUUUGUUGCGGAUGGUCGGACCACUAAUAACCAAGCAGCACACAAAAAUGAGACGGGCAAUAUCCCCAAGAGAUCGCCUGUCUGUGACCUUGCGGUUUUUGGCAACAGGUAAAACAUUCAGUUCCCUCAGUGCACAGUACAAGAUUGGGGCCAGCACUAUUUCACAGAUAGUUAUGGAGACCUGUGGCGCUCUGUACCAGCUCAUGAAAAAAGACUUUUUGAAGACACCAUCAACAGAGACAGAAUGGCGGGCAAUAUCCCAGGACUUUGAAUCGAAAUGGCAGUUUCCACAUUGCCUAGGUGCACUUGGUGGGAAACAGAUUUAUAUACAGCCUCCAGCAAAAAGUGGCUGCCUUGACAAUAAUAACAAGGGCAGAUUAUCUGUGACAAUAAUGGCUGCUGUGGAUGCAAAUUACAAGUUCAUCUAUGCUACUGUGGGAACGCAAGAGAAGGUCUCUGAUGCUGGACUAUUCGCUUACUCGGACUUAUGUAAAGAGAUGGACCAGGGUCAGCUGAAUUUUCCUCCACCUGAACCAUUGCCCAACAGUGACAUAAUGAUGCCGUACAUGUUCGUGGGUGAUGAGGCGUGUCCUUUAAGGCCUGAUCUCGUGAAGCCGUAUCCAAAUAAACAGAUGGACCACAGUCAGCAGGUACUGAACUAUCGUCUUUCAAGGGCACGCAGAGUUGCAGAAAAUGCAUUCAGCAUUCUAACAAACAGGUUAAGGGUUUUCAGGAACACCGUAUUCUUGGAGCCAGAAAAAGUGGUUAAGAUCACUAUGGCCUCUCUAUGCAUCCAUAACUUCCUCUGUGAGCGCAAGUCUGAGGCGUAUACACCUCCAGCCUUUGCAGAUUUCAAAAAUGGGGACCACAGAAUUGUUGAGGGAACCUGGAAGAAUCAAGGGAAUGGGUCUUUCCAGCCAGUCGAGCAAAGAAGGGAACACAAUGCAUUACUUAUGCCAGAAAUGCAACGAAACCUUCUGCGUGACUAUUUUGUCUCCCCUGCAGGUUGUAUUCCUUCGCAAGAAGAACACAUUUAGUAUUGUAGGAUUUUUGUAGUGGCAGAUAAAUCUCAAGAGUCAAAUGUUUUCUAUAGCACAGUUUCAAAGCAGCUUUACAGAAAGACACUUUUUUUUAUGGCAUCCCCCUUUUUUUUUUUUUAAAGAAAAUUGAAUUUGCGAAAAGAUGUGGUUGUGUUAUUUUGGUACGCAAUGUCUUGUAUGUAUCAUGCCUUCAGACCAGUGGUUUUCAAACCGGUCCUGGAAGCGCCCCUGCCCUGCACAUUUUGUAUGUCUCCCUUAUCAGACACAUUCAAUUCAUGUUGUGCAGUUUCUACUAACGAGCUGAUGAGUUGAAUCAGGUGUAUUAGAUGAGGGAGACAUACAAAAUGUGCAGGGCAGGGGUUCUCGCAGGACCGGUUUGAAAAUCACUGCUUCAGACCAUACAAGUUGCCUAUAUAUUGUAUAUGCUGGCUAGGGUUGGGUAUCGUUAGAAUUCUAUCAAUUCCGAUUCCGCUUAUCGAUUCCAAAUCUUUUCGAUUCCCAGUUUCGAUUCCAAUGUGAAUAAAAGAUGAUAUCAAGCAUAUUUAUUCUGUUUCUUUUUUACUAAACAUUUAGUUGCAGCUGAAUGCAAUGAACAAAAAUCAACAACUGGGUUGUUGUUGUUUUUAAAUGGAAGUUGUGGUUCUCUUACGAUUCUAAAGAAAAAAAAAACAUUAGACAACUAAACAAAAUUACAUGUAGGCCUAAUUCAUAGGUGAAUGAUUCAGUGAUUCCCUCACGAUAUACUUGGUUCAUUACUGGAUGAAUCAGUGUUUUUGAAUGAAUGAUCAAAGACAAAUACAUUAUUAACAGCCCCUUUUCGCCACCUACUGGCAUAACAACGUAAUCGAUCAUUCUUUAACAUUGUUUUGAAUUGCAAAUUAACUUUCAAAAGGAUGAUUUACUCUAUUUUGAUGUUUGUAACACUGUGUGGCUGAAAAUACUGUGGAACUGUUCAUAUACACACGCAGAUUUGAAUGUUCAAAUCACACUAGUAU